GCGCGCCGCAGGCCCGGCUUCUCAGAUGCUAGAAUGGUGUGUGGCAUAUAGGUGCUCGAUAAAUGCUUGCUGAAUAGGUUGCGGGUGAAUGAGGAUCAUAACUCCCUACCCCCACUCCGCACUGUCGGGCUGCUGCUCUAAGGAAAAAGCUCCAGUAGGUGGGGCCAUUUCCCUCCCUUGAGGAUGAGAGCUUGAGCGGAUGAGCGGCGGCCCCCGGAUGAAGAGCACGGAGCGUGCAGGGACUGCGGCCCAGAGGGCUUCAGGGUUCACCUUAGGUGAGCGGGCAACCAGCUCUGGCCCCGCCCCUGGGAGGCUACUCAGGCCCCGCCCUGCGGGGGAGGAUUCGCCGGCAUGAGCCCCGCCCACUCCCGAGGCCACACCCGUCGGGGAGGAUAGGCCGGCCCCUGUCCCGAGAGCCCCGCCCAUCCUAGGCCCCGCCCCCUCGCCGGCCCAGGCGCUCGCGGGGACCUUGCAGCGGCGCGGCGCAAGCGGGAGCCGGGAGGAGCGGAGCGGAGCCUAGCGGCGGGAGCGACUCCCGGAGCGGUCUCCCGCGAGCGGCGCGGAGACUGCGCCCUGACCGACGCCCCAGGCCCGCUGCACGCCCGCUCCCGCGGCUCACCUGCUGGCAGGUGCCAGAUAAGAAAAUUGCCACGCAGAGAGGCCACUUGCGUUACGCAAGGUCACACAGCUCCAGGGCAAACCUGACGCUAGGACUGGCCUCAGAGGACCAUGGACUCGCCCCCGUGAACGACAGCUGUCCCUCAGCCCCCGCCCGCUGCCGGCCGGCAGGAUGCGGCUGUGGAAGGCCGUGGUGGUGACGCUGGGUUUCAUGAGCAUGGACGUGAGCAUGACCACGGCCAUCUACACCUUCAGCCACCUGGACCGCAGCCUGCUGGACGACAUCCGCCACUUCAACAUCUUCGACUCGGUGCUGGACCUCUGGGCCGCCUGCCUGUACCGCAGCUGCCUGCUGCUCGGGGCCACCAUCGGUGUGGCCAAGAACAGCGCCCUGGGGCCGCGGCGGCUGCGGGCCUCCUGGCUGGUCAUCACCUUCGUGUGCCUCUUCGUGGGCAUCUACACCAUGGCCAAGCUGCUGCUCUUCUCAGAGGUGCGCAGGCCCAUCCGGGACCCGUGGUUCUGGGCCCUGUUCGUGUGGACGUACGCGUCGCUGGCCGCCUCCUCCCUGCUCUGGUGGCUGCUGUCCACCGUGCGGCCCGACACUGAGGCGCUGGAGCCCGGCACGGGGGCCGAGGCCGAGGGCUUCCGCGGGGACAGCCAGGCCCCAGCCGAGCAGGCGUCGGGGGCCACGCUGCACAAGCUGCUGUCCUACACCAGGCCCGACGCGGCCUUCCUCGUGGCUGCGGCCUUCUUCCUCAUCGUGGCGGCUUUGGGCGAGACCUUCCUGCCCUACUACACGGGCCGGGCCAUCGACAGCAUCGUCAUCCAGAAGAGCAUGGAGCAGUUCAGCACUGCCGUGGUCGUCGUGUGCCUGCUGGCCAUUGGCAGCUCAUUUGCCGCAGGUAUUCGGGGCGGCAUUUUUACCCUCAUAUUUGCCAGACUGAACAUCCGCCUGCGAAACUGUCUCUUCCGCUCGCUGGUGUCGCAGGAGACAAGCUUCUUCGAUGAGAACCGCACAGGCGACCUCAUCUCCCGCCUCACCUCGGACACCACCAUGGUCAGCGACCUGGUCUCCCAGAACAUCAACAUCUUCCUGCGGAACACGGUGAAGGUCACGGGCGUGGUGGUCUUCAUGUUCAGCCUCUCGUGGCAGCUGUCCUUGGUCACCUUCAUGGGCUUCCCCAUCAUCAUGGUAGUGUCCAACAUCUACGGCAAGUACUACAAGCGGCUCUCCAAAGAGGUGCAGAGCGCCCUGGCUCGGGCCAGCAGCACGGCCGAGGAGACCAUCAGCGCCAUGAAGACGGUGCGCAGCUUCGCCAACGAGGAGGAGGAGGCCGAGGUGUACGGGCACAAGCUGCAGCAGGUGUACCGGCUCAACCGCAAGGAGGCGGCGGCCUACACGUCCUACGUCUGGGGCAGCGGGCUCACGCUGCUGCUGGUCCAGGUGAGCAUCCUCUACUACGGCGGCCACCUCGUCAUCUCGGGCCAGAUGACCAGCGGCAACCUCAUCGCCUUCAUCAUCUACGAGUUCGUGCUGGGGGACUGCAUGGAGUCCGUGGGCUCCGUGUACAGCGGCCUGAUGCAGGGCGUGGGCGCCGCCGAGAAAGUGUUCGAGUUUAUCGACCGGCAGCCGACCAUGGCGCACGACGGCAGCCUGGCGCCCGAGCACCUGGAGGGCCGCGUGGACUUUGAGAACGUGACCUUCACCUACCGCACGCGGCCGCACACCCAGGUCCUGCAGAACGUGUCCUUCAGCCUGUCCCCCGGCAAGGUGACGGCCCUCGUGGGCCCCUCGGGCAGUGGGAAGAGCUCGUGCGUGAACAUCCUGGAGAACUUCUACCCGCUGCAGGGCGGCCGCGUGCUGCUGGACGGCCAGCCCGUCGGCGCCUACGACCACAAGUACCUGCACCGCGUGAUCUCCCUGGUGAGCCAGGAGCCCGUGCUCUUCGCGCGCUCCAUCUCCGACAACAUCGCCUACGGGCUGCCCUCCGUGCCCUUUGAGUCAGUGGUGGCGGCGGCGCAGAAGGCCAACGCGCACGGCUUCAUCAUGGAGCUGCAGGACGGCUACAGCACCGAGACGGGCGAGAAGGGUGCCCAGCUGUCGGGCGGCCAGAAGCAGCGGGUGGCCAUGGCCCGGGCGCUGGUGCGGGACCCGCCUGUCCUCAUCCUGGACGAAGCCACCAGCGCCCUGGACGCAGAGAGCGAGCACCUGCGCCUGCUGCAUCUGUCCCCCUCCCGGCCGCGCCGGCCCGCUGCGCUGGCCCCCACCCGGCCCCCAGGCUCCCUUUCUACAGCACUGCCUUCCCGGGGUUUUUACCGCUUGCUUCCGCCACUUUGCUCAACGCCUGGGUUUCAGAGGCGGCUUCCUCCUUGGGAGCAGUGGCGGGCAUGGCCGCCGAGACGUUCUAGAAACUUCUGAGCCAGGCUUGCGGCCCUGCCUGCUCACCGGGAGGACGUGGAGGAGAGGUGGCUCUGCGUCCGCCUCUCCAGUGCAGGGGCGUCCCUGUCCCAGCCCCAAGUGAGGCCGAGGGCAGUGGGAAGGGGGGGUCACCGCCGCCCCCCGGCAGUCCAGCCAGGCUCACUGUGACCACCACGACCUGGAGCGGCAGCGAGGGCCUGGCCGGGCCCGGGCCUGCGGGCUCCGGCUGCGCCCAGCGCUUCUCCCCGCCCUCCGGCUGCGCCUCCCCCGCUCCGCUGCCGGCGUCCGCAGCGCUGGGAGCUGCCUUCUCUGCGGCUCCCGCCAAGCCCAGACCCGGCUUUGCCCAGGACUUCGAGAUGGGGUGAACUCGGUCAAUAAAGUGUACUACCUCUGACCCUGGCCUCCGGCCUCUCCUGGGCCACCUGCCCUGUUGCCUGGCUGGGUCCCCACCCAGCUCCUCCAGGGGUUCUGCCUCCUCCCACAUCAGGACCCCAUGUGUGUUCUUCACAGCCCCAGGGCCUCAGCACAGACACUCAUGUCUGUCCAUCUGUCCGUCUGUCUCCACCAGGCUGCUGCAAGGCAGUAAAAACUGUCUCUCCCAACCCCAGGGGCCCUCGUACACCCCAAUAGCUGAGACCAGCAGGCACCACCUCUAGCCCAUGAAGCAGACAAAUGCAGGACAGACUGCUUCACAGAGGCUUAAACUGGGUGUGGUGGCUCACACCUUUAUCCCAGCACUCAGGAG